UACGACAAAGGCUCCCCCGAGCGAGCUGAGCUCACCAAAGCUCUCAAGAAGCUCCACCAGUCUUCCCCAGUCAAGAUUCCCUUCAAGAUCGGAGGUCAAGUCGCCAACAACAACACCACCUCCAAGCAGCCCAACCCGUCGCAACACUCCGAGAUUGUCGCCGAGUAUGCAUCGGCCACCCCGGAAAACGUCCAAGCCAGCAUCGACGCCGCCCUAAAGGCCAAGGCCGACUGGGAGGCUACACCCUUCGAAGACCGCGCUGCCAUAUUUCUUCGAGCCUGCGACUUGAUCACUGGCAAAUACCGGGCCGAAAUUGUCGCGGCCACUAUGCUAGGCCAAGGCAAGAAUAUUCGAGAAGCCGAGAUCGAUGCGGCUGUCGAGUCUGUCGACUUCUUUAGGCAGUAUAUCAAAGAGUGCACCGAAAUGUUUGCCCAGCAGCCCAAGCUACACGAAAAGAGCUCAUGGAACCGCAUGGAAUACCGACCUCUGGAGGGCUUCGUCUAUGCCGUGUCUCCCUUCAACUUCACUGCCCUCGGUGCUACCCUCGUCGGGCCCGCUGCUCUCCUCGGUAACGUCGUGGUCUGGAAGCCGUCUGACUCGGCGCUUCACGCGAACCACCUCUUUUACAAGAUCCUCCUCGAGGCAGGCCUCCCACCCAACGUUGUUCAAUUCGUCCCCGGCGAUGCCGAGACCGUUACCGAUGCGGUAAUGUCACGCCCAGAGUUUGGCGCUCUCACAUUCAUCGGAUCUACUGCCGUCUUCAAGAACCUAAUUGGCAAGAUUGGCCAAGGUACAGCUGAGGGCCGCUUCAACUCGUACCCUCGCAUCAUCGGCGAGAGCGGCGGCAAGAACUUUCACCUUAUUCACGGCUCUGCAAAUGUCAAAAGUGCCGCCCUGGACACCCUGCGCAGUGCCUUUGAAUACCAAGGCCAAAAGUGCUCUGCCGUCUCGCGAGUCUACGUCGCCGAGUCGGUGUGGCCCGAGUUCAAGAAGGUGAUCCAAGAAGAAACCAAGAACAUCAAAGUCGGACCUCCAGACGACUACGCCAGCUUUGUCAAUGCCGUUAUUCAUGAGCGCGCCUUUGACCGUCUAGACGAUGUCAUUCAAAAGGCCAAGAACGAUCCCGAGUUGGAGCUUAUCGCUGGCGGCGAGACGUCCAAGUCAAAGGGAUAUUUCAUCCACCCAACCAUCUUCAGGACGACCAACCCCAACCACGACAUCAUGAAGCGCGAGCUAUUCGGCCCUCUCUUUGCGGUCCACGUCUACCCCGACUCUGAGUACUCGUCCAUCCUCAAGACCAUCGAUAAGUCCAAGUAUGCCCUGACCGGCUCCGUCUUUGCCAAGGACAUCAAGGCCGCACGGGAGGCGCAGAACGUUCUCAAGCAUACUGCGGGCAACUUUUACAUCAACACAAAGUCUACCGGCUCCAUUGUCGGCCAGCAGCCCUUUGGUGGCAGCAGAGAUUCAGGGUCUAAUGACAAGACGGGUACCAUUGGCUUGAUUUCGCGGUACUGCAGCAUACGUACCAUCAAGGAAGAGUUUGGCUCCACCGAGGAGCUCCAGUAUCCUUCCAACGAGGUCUAG